AUGGUGGAGCAACACCAGCGAAGGAUCUGGCGGUGGGAGUACUGCCCUGGUGCUGGUCGGGAAGAAGAUCUCUUGAGCGAUGUUUGCAGGGAAGUAGUCGAGAAGUGGUCUGAGUCUCAGACUGUUGACGCCAAAGAGAACAAAGAAGAUGAGAUCCAGGCCAUCGCCAGCAUGAUGGAGAAGCAGGCCAAGAUCGUGGUGAAGCCAAAGGAGGUGUCCCAGGAAGAGAAGCAAAGGAAAGCUGCCCUCCUGGCACAGUAUGCCAACGUGACGGACGAGGAGGAUGGCGAGGAUGAACAGGACGGAUCGAUUGCCACAGCAGUAAAUAUUGGAUCAGAAAAAUCGCUGUUCCGAAACACCAACGUGGAGGAUGUCUUGAAUGCCAGGAAACUGGAACGAGAGCUGCUGCGAGACGAGUUCCAGAAGAAAAAAGAACAAGAUAAACUGCAGCGAGAGAAGGAUAAGCUAGCCAAGCAGGAGCGGAAGGAGAAGGAGAAGAAAAGGACACAGAAAGGCGAGCGGAAGCGGUAGCCGGGGUGUUCCAGCUGGACUCUCAAGGGAUAAAAUUAAUUCUGAAUAUGGUGUGU